AAGCAACGCCUCUGGGUCGACUCGACUUUUUCCAGGCUCAUAUUACUUCCAGGACAGCCCUUCGCUCGCUACGGAUCACCGUCCAUUCCACUCGUUAUCCUUUUCAUCUGUUAUCACUGCUGUGGCUUCUCGCUACAGCUGCCAUUUAAUUCUUACGAUUCCCAGAAUAUCUCCAAUAGCAGGCGAGCCGUGGUUAAUUUCUCCAACCGCUUCACAGUCAAUCGCCAGCGAGAAGAUCGAAACCUCGAACUGCUACGUCACGCGAGACUAGCAGUUUAAACACGAUCGACACUCACUCAGUUAACCGGAUCUGACGGUCACGGACUGCCCACCUUAUCCGUCGUAAAUUGGCUUUUGCGACUUCUUCUUGGUCGACAUUGUUCAUUCGUUCAAACAAGCCCCAAAAUCGAACACCAUGCAUUCCACGCAACUUCUUCAGGUCCUGGCGGUGGCCCUGACAACAUUCUCCGUCGCCCAUGCAUCUAUCGCUGGUCCUCAGGCGCCCAGGAUACCACAAAUGCAUGAGAUUGUCAAGAGACAAUCCGGGUCGGAUCCUAGUUCUUCGUCGAGCCCAUCAAGGUCUUCGACCACCACGUCGGCCAAGACCACAUCAGCCUCGCCGACUUCUUCAUCAAGCAGCCGCGAGACCACGACACCUCCUGCCCCGACUACUCCUAACCCACCAACACCCACCCCGACCACUCCCGGUCCAACUACGCCUGCUCCGCCGUCGUCAACGUCAUCCACGACGUCUCAAAACCAGAACACGACACCGGCCCCACCUGAGAGCUCAAGCACAUCAAGAACCACCAUAACCACUGUCGUGACUACAACCAAUAGCGAUGGCUCGGUUUCCACCCAGACCAGCCAGAUUGUCCAGGAAACUACUGUGCCCAGUUCCAACAACAACGAGAACAAGGGUAUGGACGAGAAGCAGCGCAACACUAUCAUCGGAGCUGUUGUCGGUGGUGUCGGUGGUGCCAUCGUGCUGGCUGUCAUUGGUCUGGUUGCUUGGCGUGUAUGGGGUCGCAAGAAGAACCAGGAGGAGGUGGACAACUCUUUUGGAACCUCUGCCUACAACGUCGCUGAGAAGCCCGAACCGGUGGCUGGUUCGACCAACAGCCGUACGCCCUUCCAAAGCACUCUAGAGAGCUACCACGCGCCCACCCAGGUGAACACGGCCUCUAACUUCUAAAAGCCAUCGAUGAGCGAUUGGCAGCAAGAACUGCAAUCGCGGAAAGGUUAGCAAUCAGGAGGGCACUGUUUGGCCGAAUGACUGUUACAGGUGAAAUGAUACGAUACCCCUGUGCAUAGAAUUUCUACUGGAGCUCAUUUCAUCACCUCUCAUUGUCGAUAAACGCCGAUUUACAAGUCAACACCCUACAAAAAAGAGAGUUGACACUCUCGUUUUCUAGUUUGCAUGGUUGCGGCAGCAUCGCGGGAUUUUAUUUCACUUUUCAUAAUCUGUUUAAACGGCGAGAAUAGCUUCGGUGUACAUGUUUUUUUUCCUUCCUAAGAAGAAUUUAGGGGUUUAUUUCCCUACAAACAAAGCAGUCUGGAAAUCGCUCAUGCGGCGCGUGUGCUCAACUCGUUCGGCUUUGAACGCACUGGGCUUGUUGUCAUGUAAGCAAUCUAUCUCAUACAUGUCUGGAUGCCUCGGACAAGGUGGAGGAUGGUGGGAGGCUCUCGUAAGCAACGACUGUCGGAGGGUCUUGAUUACCUGAGCCUGGAUGAUUCGGGUGUGUUGCAUGCGCCCCCUUUAUUGUUAUUCAUUUAAUAUCAACCGUCACAGUUUACGGCUUUUCAUUUCGAAUUCAAAGCAAUAGAAAAAUUG